UUUUGUUUUCAGAAUAUUGUGAUAGGAGCAGCUUUUAUUGAGCUAUGAGAGGGAUCUAAAAUAAACCUGGAAAGCCUGAAAAUGAAGAGUUUACUCAUAACCCCAAUCCGUUGCAAUCUAUUAAGAAGUUUGAGUUGCGCACUAUUAACUGGAAGGUUUUUCAACAGUUUCAGUUUGUUGGUGAAUUCACAUAGCAAACCAGCUUGCCAAAAGGCGUUACGGUGUGUAGUUGUACUUGUAGGCAAGCAUGCUUCACUUCAUAUGACGGCUUUCCAGUCUGCCUACAAAUUGAGAGAGCAUCUGAAAGACUGCUACCAAGUGUUGAACGUUGAUCCAGAAAGCACCAGCAUCCCGGAAGCGAAGGAAGCCUUCCUCAAGCUAGCCAAGGAAUAUCACCCAGAUACUAAAUCGCCAACCGCUGAUGUGCGAAAGUUUAAUCAGGUCCAGGAAGCCUAUCAAGCAGUACGAGCAGAUCUCGAAACGAGAAACGAAGAUGCGAUGGGAGAGGAUAGUGUGAGAGACAGGGGGUUGGACUUUGACAUUGAGCACACUGCUCCCCAACACCGCCAGUACUUGGAGUUCGAAGGCAUCGGAGCGGGGACCCCUUCCCAGCGACAUAAGCACUACCAGAAGUUCCGGGUCCAGCGAGCCAUGAAUUCAGUCUCCGAGCAUCGAGUUGAAAGGAUUUUACUAGACAAGGAGGGUUCAGCUUUAGUCAACCUGGACAAGAAGGCUGCCAAACAGAUCAAGACCACCAACGUCAUCGAUAGACUGGUUGAGGAUCUCAUCAAAGAUGCCAUGAACAAGGGGGAGUUUGAGAAUCUGCCCAACAAGGGGAAACCUCUCCCGGACAAGACACGGAUGUGCCCCUACUGGGACAUCAGUGACCACAACCUGAACCAAGUGCUGGUCAAUAAUGGCUAUGCUCCGGAGUGGAUCCAGGCCGAGCGGGAGAUCAGAUCGGAGCUCCUGGACAUGAAAGACAACCUCCUGAAGGCCAGGCUUAAGCUAGGCCCCGAACCUCUGAACGACUUCAACCAAAGCAAGUGGCAGGACCUCUUGGAGACCUUCAAAGAGAGAAUCAAGUCCCUGAACAAGAAGGUUGAGCGAAGGAAUCUGAUUGUGCCAGUCCUCCGACUCCAGAUGGUGCAUUUCCAGCCGCAGAGAGAGAUUGACAAAGUCCUAAAGGAAUAUGACGAUCUAGAAGGGACUAGGAUCAAGAUGCAGGAUGAAAGACUGAGAGAGAAUCAACAAGCUGAGAGAUUUAUGAAACUGGAUGGCCAAUUCUUUGGCAAGAUUGGGGACAAAAUUUUCCAGAAACUUUUCUUCUCUGACAAAGAGAGGAUAUUGAGGAAACGAAAAUUUAAGAAGCGUGGAUAUUUUUCAAUCGAGAAUCCAUAUACAUCUAAUAUUCAAUCACAAGAAAAUGAAGUUGGGUGUACCGCGCGCCCCGCCCCCAUUUUGGGUUUCUCUGUUCUUGAUUCAUGCCGCCCUCUAUCGGUAAAGAAAAAUCUAGAAAAAUCGAGAUUCAAUACAUGCAAUAUGGCGGACUCCAGCGAGGAACGAUUUGACGGCAUGCUGAUGGCGAUGGCCCAGCAACAUCAAGGGGGCGUACAAGAGCUUAUCACCACAUUUUUCUCCUUCUUGAGAAGGAAGACUGACUUUUACCAUGGUGCACAAAAAGGACAAGCUGAAAAGCACGUCAUCGAAGCCUUCAAGAAGCAACAGGCUAUGGCGAUGGAGGAGAAACGCAAGCGAGACGAGGAGUCGGCCGCAGCCAGGAAGGCCAAGGAGGAACGAGAGGCUAAGAAACGGGCAGAGGAGGAAGCCAAGAGGAAAACAGCUGAAGAUGAGCCCAAGAUACGGGAGAUAACAGAUGAGGAGGCUACCAGGCUGCAGGAAGAAAUUAAGAAUGAAGGAGCUGCAGAGACCAAUGGAACUGCUAAAGAGACAGAUGAGAAAACUGCAGAAAAGGAGAAAUCUUCUGAAAAAAAGGAUGAAAGUGAUGAAGAAGAGGACGAGAAAGACAAAAACAAACUCAAACCCAACGAGGGCAACGGCGGGGACUACCCACACUACAGAUUCACUCAGACACUCAGCGAACUGGAGGUCCACAUUCCGUUUGAAGUGCCUUUCCCGAUCAAGGGCAAAGACCUGAUCGUGGAAAUUGACCGGAAGCGGUUAAAGGUCGCCCUGAAGGGUCAGCCACCGGUCCUGGAGGGCCAAACGUUCAACGAGAUAAAAGUGGAGGAGUGCAACUGGGUCAUCGAGGACAAGAAGCGGGUGGUCCUCUUUCUUGAGAAGAUAAACAAGAUGGAGUGGUGGAGUCGAGUGAUUCUCACUGACCAAGAAAUCAACACGAAGAAGGUCAACCCAGAAAACUCAAAGUUAUCUGACCUGGAUGGGGAGACAAGGGGGAUGGUGGAGAAGAUGAUGUUUGACCAGAGACAGAAGCAGAUGGGACUGCCCACCUCGGAUGAACAGAAGAAACAGGAGAUGCUUCAAAAGUUCAUGAAGCAACACCCUGAAAUGGAUUUCUCCAACGCAAAGAUCAACUAGAUAUGGGAACAAACACGCUAUUGACUGAUGUCAGGAAAUUACAGGAAAUAUAUCAGCCUUUUUGUAUAUAAUAUCAUGUUACUUGAAAUACACAGUUUAAAUUAUUAAUGCACUUUUAUGCUUUGCUGCAAUACGCAUUGCAUGUAUUUCUGGGGUUUUUUGGUUUCUAAAUUUUUUCAGUUCAAUACCAUUACCAGUUGAUAUAUUCAAAGGGAAAAAAGUUCCUCAAUUCAUACAAUGGCUUAGCACUGAGAGGCUGUGUUUCAGUACUACUGCUGGGCGAGUACCUGGAGUACUCAUGAGUAGUUUAUGCUACUCAUUCUACUUGUGAGUUUUUCAUCUACUCGAGUACUCGCCAUGGCAUGAGCAGAAGCAUGUACUUGCGAGUAGCUAUUUUUUUUUUUAAGGAGUAUGAUUGACCAAGUCAACAAGAAAUGACUCGGUGCGAAUGUGCGGUGACUUGCAUGCAAUUUGCUUGUUACUUUGGAAGAAUUCACAUCGUAAUAACUUGCAAAUGUCAUUUUUCUGCUUUUUUGGGAAUUCAGUUAACUACUCAUGAGCAAUCGACUACUCACGAGUAAUUUGUCUUUGGGUACUCUGUUAAUAAUAAAUAAUAAUACCGGAGUCUUAUAUAGCGCACGUAUCUACCUACAAUUAGGUACUCAAGGCGCUGGAAAUUAUGUCUGUUAUUCAAGACAAGAAAUGAAGUUGAUGAGAAAUAUGAGACCCAUUAUGUAGCACCUUAUAAGUGUUGAAACAUCGCAAUGAAAACGAGAGGAACAUUUACAAAAUAUGUCUUUUUGUAUUUAAUUUUAUAUUACUUUAAAAACUGAAAACUAUGACGCGAGAAUUGUACCUUGUACGUCUACCUUAUUACACAGUUUAAUGCCCUUUCAUGCUAUGCUGCAAUACACAGUGUUUCUAAUUUUUUAAUUGUUAUUUUUUUCACUUUUUUGUGGUGAUUGGAAAUACGAUGCCAUUACCAGUUGAUGUAUGUAGAUUCAGGUGAGGGAUAUGGCUUAAUCAUUUACACUAUAAACAUAAGAUAAUUAUAAAUUUGAUAAACAAAAAUGAAACCAAUAAUUUUUCAUCUGAUUUCUUUCUUCAACUCUGUCUAGGAGUGACAAUAAACGUGGCCAUAAUAAUGAUGUAAACCUGUGGAAUAAAAUUAAUGCAAGAAUAAAACUUGA